UUAUCCCACAACACAUAGCCAUAAGCACGUGGAAAGCAGAGGGGUGGGCACUGGUCUUUUUUGAAGAGCUGCAGAACAACAACAAGUGAUAAACAGUUGCAAUAAGGCAUUACCUGCACACCUUAAUGUAAUUGGUAAACAAACUUGUGGCCGGCGUCGAGCUUCUGCGUCAGACUUUACGCACAUAUGCGCCCUUUGUGACUGGAAGCUGAUUUUGCAUCUUUACGCGCAGAUAUGUUGUAUACUGGAGACAGUGCCUGAAUGAAGAGACCGUGCAUGCACUUUGGAGUCAUUGCGUCCCGCUGACACGGACGCUACAACCCGUUCUGUACAUUGCACAAGACUGAAGAUAAAAACACAACUUUUAGUCCCUGCUUCCUUCUGAUCUCCCUCCAGUCAGUCCCUUCCAACACAUUCAUCCUGAAGGAGCUCUGGUGUUGCAGCCAUGCCAAAGAACACUAAGGUGACCCAGCGGGAGCACAGUAAUGAGCCGGUCACUGAGUCGGUGGCUGACCUGCUGUCCCUAGAGCACCCCAUGGACUACAAGAGCAGUCAGAUGAGUAUGGGUUUGAGUCCUGGCUCUACUGCUCCAGUGAAGGCCCUGAUACCCUCCCCUGACCCUGACGCAGAGGACGGCAGACCAGCCUGGAACAACAAACUAGAGUACAUCCUGGCCCAGGUGGGCUUCUCUGUGGGCCUGGGUAACGUCUGGAGGUUCCCCUACCUGUGCCAGAAGAACGGUGGAGGUGCAUACCUGGUGCCCUACUUUAUUCUUCUCCUCCUCAUUGGCAUCCCCCUGUUCUUCCUGGAGCUGGCAGUGGGACAGAGGAUCAGGCGUGGCAGCAUCGGGGUGUGGAACUACGUCUGUCCACAGCUGGGAGGCAUCGGGGUUUCCAGUCUGAUGGUUUGUGGUUUUGUGGGCCUCUACUAUAAUGUGAUUAUCGGCUGGAGCAUCUUCUAUUUCUUCCAGUCUUUCCAGUAUCCACUGCCUUGGGCUGAAUGCCCCAUCCAGAGAAAUGGAUCCCAAGCCAUUGUGGAGCCAGAGUGUGAGAAGAGCUCGGCCACAACUUACUUCUGGUACCGCCAGACUCUCAACAUCACCAGCUCGAUCGAUGACACCGGCGGCCUGAACUGGAAGAUGACCCUGUCCCUUCUGGUAGCUUGGAUCUUGGUCUGCCUGGCUGUCAUCAAGGGCAUCCAGUCCUCUGGGAAGGUGAUGUACUUUAGCUCUCUUUUCCCAUAUGUGGUGCUUUUCUGUUUCCUGGUGCGAGGUUUGAUGCUGAAGGGCGCGGUGGAUGGCAUUGCUCACAUGUUCACCCCUAAGCUAGAAAAGAUGUUGGAGCCCCAGGUGUGGAGAGAAGCAGCCACACAAGUCUUUUUUGCUCUCGGUCUUGGCUUCGGAGGUGUCAUCGCUUUCUCUAGUUACAACAAGCGAGACAACAACUGUCACUUUGAUGCUACGCUGGUCUCCGUCAUUAACUUUGUUACCUCCAUCCUGGCAACUUUAGUUGUGUUUGCGGUCCUGGGGUUCAAGGCGAACAUCAUGAACGAGAAGUGUGUUGUUGAAAAUGCAGAGAAGAUUUUGGGCUUCUUGAACACAGGUGUGCUGAGCAAAGAGCUCAUCCCUCCUCACAUCAACUUCUCCCACCUGUCCGCACAGGACUAUGCAGAGAUGUAUGGUGUCAUUAAAACGGUGAAGGAGGACAGCUUUGACCAGCUGGGCCUGGACGCCUGUGUGCUAGAGGACGAACUCAACAAGGCGGUUCAGGGCACUGGUCUGGCAUUCAUCGCCUUCACAGAGGCCAUGACACAUUUCCCUGGCAGUCCCUUCUGGUCUGUCAUGUUCUUCUUCAUGCUGAUCAACUUGGGUCUAGGAAGCAUGAUUGGCACCAUGACUGGCAUCACCACACCCAUACUUGAUGCUUUCAAGAUCCGCAAAGAGAUCCUGUGUGUGGCUUGCUGUAUCAUAGCCUUUCUGUUAGGCCUGCUGUUUGUGCAGCGCUCCGGGAACUACUUUGUCACAAUGUUUGAUGACUACUCGGCUGGUUUGCCUCUCACUGUGGUGGUGAUCCUGGAAAACAUCUCUGUAGCCUGGAUCUACGGCACUAAGAGGUUCAUGCAGGACCUGGAGGACAUGCUUGGUUUCAGGCCGUACGCCUUCUAUUACUACAUGUGGAGAUUUGUGUCGCCAGCUGUCCUGGUGGUGCUCAUCUUCUCCACUGUCAUCGAAAUGGCCACCAGUCCUGCAGGAUACAACGCUUGGGUGGAGGCUGAGGGCGCAGAGCGCUUCCAUAGCUACCCUCCCUGGGCUUUAGCCAUGGCCUACUCCCUCAUCGUGCUGGCCAUGCUGCCUUUACCCCUCGUCUUUAUUGUUCGCCACUUCAACCUGGUCUCAGACGGUUCCAAUAAGCUGUCCGUCUCCUACCGUAAGGGCAUGAUGAAGGACAUCUCCAACCUUGAAGAGCAGGACGAGCAGCGCUUCAUCCUCAGCAAGAAGCUCAGCGAGGUUCCUUCCCCGAUGCCUGCCCACCGUGCUUACCUGGGCCCCGGUGGUACCCAGGAGAUGACCAACACCAACUACGGCACCAGCACCAAGACAGGCUACCAGAACAUCGGCUCGCCCGAGUCUGAGCUAUGAUCCACUGAGCUCAUAGAUCAUCCCAUCCAUUAAACCCCAGCCUUGCUUAGAGAGAGGAUGAAAGGGAGGAACAGAGGAAGUCAAGAGGCAAUGAAAAUCCACUGUCAGUUCUUGCAGCGUUCAUCACACCUUAAAGGUGCUGUAGGUAGGAUUGCGAAGAUCCAGGACUUAGCCAAAAAAUUUGAACAUCAACAACUUCUCAGUCACUCCACCCUUUCUGCUAAACCCCAAAACGGUCUCCUAAGCUCCUUCCCCCACAAGGGAGAUUGAAUGUGUGUUCAUGAGCAGUGAUUGACACGCAGUUAGACAACCCCCUGGCCCGGAUUGGUGCAUCUGAACAGGGAGCUGUGG